AUGAGUGACAAUCGGGGUCGUGGACGCGGUGAUCGAAGUGAUCGAGGUGAUCGUGGUCGUGGUCGAGGUCGCGGUGCCGAAAGAGGUCGCGGUGCCGAAAGAGGUCGCGGUGCCGAAAGAGGUCGCGGUCGCGGAGAAGGUCGCGGGGAAGGUCGCGGGGAAAGUUGCGGGGAAAGUCGCGGCGAUUUAGCCUUCCGCCCAGCUGGUAGAGGCGAUGGAAAUCGUGGAGAUUUCCGAGGUAAUUUCCGAGGUGACUUUCGAGGCCGAGGUGGUGACAGGGGUCGUGGAGGCGACUUUCGUGGUGAUCGAGGUCGUGGUAGAGGUGAUUUCCGGGGUCGAGGUGAAUUCCGCGGACGUGGAGGACGUGGCGGUGCUACCAACUCAGGCCCACCUAUCUUCAGACAAGGCGAAGCUAUCCCACCACCUAACCCCACGGUCACCAAGACCGAAAAUGACCUUGCCAAAGCUCUUGCUGUGAGCGGCCAGAAGACCCCGAGACAGGCAAAAUAUCCCGAACGUCCUGGUUACGGCACAGCUGGCAGACCGGUCACUUUGUAUGCGAACUAUCUGCCCUUGACCCUGCCUAACAAGCAGUUGUUCCGCUACCAUAUUGCCAUUGCAGCCGACUCUGCAGGCCGAGCUGCCCCUGUGGGCAAAAAGGCCCGACACAUUGUGCGUCUGCUGUUGGAGGAGCAUUUCCCACAGCAAAAGAACAGAAUUGCCUCGGACUUCCGGUCUACCCUAGUCUCGUGUGUCAAAUUGACUGAGGGUAAAUUCGAUGUGCGAUACAAAGAGCACAUGGAUGAUGACUACCCGGAUCCACCCCGGGUGCAUCAGGUUACCUGCCGGUAUACUGGUGAGGUCCAUCCCGCUGACUUGGUCAACUACCUGACAUCUACCAACGCUGGUGCCCUGCUUGAAUCCAAGUCUGAGAUUGUGGCUGCCCUCAACAUGAUCAUGGGGCACCACCCCAAGACGGAUGACCAUGUCGUCUCUGUCGGUGCUAACAGACACUACAGUCUGCGUCAGGACACCAUGGAAUCGUUCAAUCUCGGCGGUGGCCUAUCCGUCCUGCGAGGAUUCUUCGUCAGUGUGCGUGCCGCGACUGCUCGUGUGCUCCUGAACGUCCAGGUCAAGUAUUUGGCCUGCUACAAUAAGGGACCUUUGAUCAACGUGAUCCAAGGCUACGGCAACAGGAAUACUUAUCGUUUGGAAAAGUUCCUCAAGAGUCUACGCGUUUGCAUCACCCACAUCACCCGCAAAAACAGUAGCGGUCAACCCCGGCCUCGCAUCAAGCCUAUCUAUGGCCUGGCCAACCGCGGUGAUGGCAGCUCGUCGCCCAACCCCCCCAAGAUUCCCCACCACGGCGCUGGUCCCCAGGAUGUGCAAUUCUUCCUAGCUGAAUCCGGCCCUCGACCCGUCGCCGGGCCUAGUGCCCCCGAGCCCAAGGGAAAGAAGGGAAAGAAAGCGCCCAGGGCCGGUCCUGCGGAAGCCGGUCGCUACAUCACCGUUGCGGACUUCUUCAAAAAGGAGUACAACAUGGCUUUGAAUGCAAACCUCCCCGUGGUGAAUGUCGGGUCUCGUGACAGACCUGUCUAUCUCCCCGUUGAGGUCUGCGAAGUUGAGCCUGGCCAGCCAGCUAAGUCCAAGCUUACUGGCGAUCAGACAGCCAGUAUGCUCCGCUUCGCCGUUAUGGGUCGGAAGCCGGGUCAGAACGCCCAGUCGAUUGUCACCAAGGGUGUGGGUGUGCUGGGACUAGGCGAGCCGUUGAAUGCCACACUAGUAAGAAUUCCCUGCGAAGAUCUUGUCCAAAUAUCUAACCUUUUACAGUCUGCUUUCGGUGUUAACUCUUCCACUGAGCUGAUCACGGUUCCUGGACGCGUUCUCCCCGCCCCAAAUGUCUAUUACAAAGACGGAAACAGGACCAGGGAAAUCAAGACUCAAUUUGGCAGCUGGAACAUGCGCCAGAUCCAGUUCUCUAAGCCUGCAGCCAUGAAAUCCUGGACUUUCCUCUACAUUGAUCAGGAGGGCGCCCGGCCAGUUUUCCAAAGCCCAGAACAGCUCAACGCUGCUCUGCAAGCCUUCAGAAAGACACUCAAGGAUAUGGGAAUGCACGUGGACCCCCACAAGCAAGGCAAACGUGUCACUUUGACCGGCAAGAACGACGCUGUUGAUAUCGAGCAAGCUAUCGAUGAUCUGAAAAAGCAGCACAACCCAAUCUUCAUCCUGGGUAUAUUAUACACUAAAGACACUGGCAUAUACAACUGCGUCAAGCAAGUUUGCGACGUCCGUUUCGGAAUCCGCAAUGUGAACGUUCUCGCAGAGAAGCUCAUGAACUCCAACGAUCAGUACAAUGCCAAUGUAGGCCUGAAAAUCAACCUCAAAUUAGGCGGCGCCAACCAAGCCCUCCACACCACCGAUCUCGGAAUCAUCUCCGAAGGCAAGACAAUGCUAGUCGGCAUCGACGUGACCCACCCGUCACCAGGCUCUGCUAGCACAGCGCCCAGCGUAGCAGGUAUCGUCGCUUCCGUCGACGCAACCCUCGCCCAAUGGCCCGCUGAAAUCCGCGUCCAAGGAGCCCGCCAAGAAAUGGUCGCCGACCUCGAAACCCUCCUCGCCUCGCGUCUCCAGCACUGGCGCAAACUGAACAAGUCCCUCCCGGAGAACAUCAUCGUCUACCGCGACGGCGUCUCAGAAGGCCAAUACAACAAAGUCAUCAACGAGGAACUUCCACUCCUCCAAGAAGCAUGCAAGAAAACCUACUCAGCAGACCAGACAAAGAAAGGCCUCCCGCGUCUGGCCAUCAUCGUAGUCGGAAAACGCCACAACACCCGCUUCUACCCAACAACAGAGAAGGACUCGAACCGCGAGAACCCCAUCCCCGGAACGGUCGUCGACCGCGGCGUCUCCGAGGCCCGUGACUGGGACUUCUUCUUGCAGGCUCACUCCGCCCUCCAGGGCACUGCCCGUCCUGCUCACUACUUCACCGUCUGGGACGAGAUCUUCUACCCCCGUCACCCGGCUAACGGCCCCGGCCCCGGCGCGGCUGAUGUCCUCCAAGACCUCACGCACAAAAUGUGCUACAUGUUCGGUCGUGCUACGAAAGCGGUUAGUGUCUGUCCGCCGGCGUACUAUGCCGAUCUGGUGUGUACCCGUGCUCGCUGCUUCUUGAGUGAUCUGUUCGAUCCUAUGCCCCUGGAUGGCUCUGGUGGUUCUACCAGUGGCACCGAGGGAACGGCAGAUAUGUCCCGCACAGCGGAUGUCAAUAUUCAUCCUAAUAUUGCCGAGACUAUGUUCUACAUCUAG